UUUAUUGGAAUGUGCAAAGGGUGGUAUGAUUAAUGGGAUUGGAACUUCCGGUACUAAAUUUUUGGCGGCUAUGCAUCCUAUCGGCGAUAUUCUCAUUUUUAAGGAUGGAGAUAGUGCGGCAAGUUUAAUUGGCCAAAUCACUAUACAAUAA